CUCCCCCCCUCCCCCUCCACCUCACACAUUUCUGUUUAUCCACCCCAGACCCCCAGAACAACCUCCCGAGUUGUGGGUAAUUGCGUUUCUUGUCCCAUUUCCAUGGUUCUGCAUUCGAAACUCUGUGGGGGAAUAUGGAUAAUCCAGGCCAGUGCAAGGCACUGAAUGUCUCGGACGAAAAGCGCUGUCUUGAAGCUGCUACCUCUGUAAAUGGCCUCUUUUGCUCGUUUCACUCCAAGCAAUGCCAAGGUUUGUACCGAGGAUAUAAGCUCCGCAACGCCCGCCUCGACAGGCUCUCAGCAAACCGUCCCACCUUCCUAGCAUCCGCUACCGUCCCCCUCUCACACCAGGACUUCUCGCUCAUCACCACGCAAUCAGAUUGCAAAGAAGUGCACGAUCAUCUCUUCCUCAUUCUCCAGCUUCUCGAGCGUGUCAUCCGAGCGAGGAAAUUGCAUCACUCGAGAUUCUUUGCGGAAGAUUGUGAUUAUGGGCAUGCGAAGUUCUUAGAGGAUUUGCAGAGCCAGAAAGGGACGGUGGUUAGGGCAUUGGAGAGGUUGGAACGCAGGACGGCAGAAGUGCUGUUUAGGGAGGAGAAGUGGUAUGGUUGGGUGAGGGAGUGCCAGGAUGAGGAGGAGAGGGGCAGAGAGAAAGAGCGGGAGAAGGUCAGGAUGGAGGCUGCUAUGUUUAAGAGGCAUUGGAAGGCGGCGCAGUUGAGAGCUCGAGACGCGAAGGCGAAGGAGGAUAAAAUGAGGCAGGACGCUUACCUGGAACAAGCGUAUAAAGAGAGUUUGGCCUUGAAGGAGAGGAAUGGUGAGGGAGAAGAUACCGAUGAUGAUGAGAUGGAUUGGGAUCCUAUUGAGGAUGUCUUGGAGGACAAUAGGGGGAGUUACCUUGACCUCGUCCAGACUUUCCUUUGGAUGGUGGACCCGAACGCUGCGGCUGAAGCAGAUACUGCCAUGGUAGGUAUCAAUGCACCUACCCCUUCGACCCCUGGCCCGUCCGUUCUCACCGAAACUCCUGAAUCGGCUCCGAAAUUGAACGCCGAGAUCCCACAAGGGGCCAAGGCUUCCCCAUCAUCCAAGAAAGCAAAAUCAAAGAACAAAAAGAAGGCUACUCCGGCCGCCAAGGCCCCCGAACCAAAGCCAGAGCCAGACAAAGGCCUGAUCGAAUCCCGAGAAGAAAUGCAUGAGAGGUUGAAGAACGGCACCGAAUAUAACCAGGCGAAGGUCAAAGGCGUUAUGAUCGCUGGGACAUUGGAAAAUCCGGUCAUCUCUACGAAAACGGUGACGUUUCCCGAGAAUCUGAUCCAGAAGAUGCUCGCAGAGAUACAUGACAUCAAGCAUCUGCUCUUUUGUCGACUCCUCUUAGGACAUGCGGCACUACUUCCAGCAGCCCUUCGUGCAAACAACGUGGAAGAAUUCCUAGCGGACCCCGAAGUCACCACCGCCGCUCUCCGAGACAUCUGCUUGAAGAUGGAGAAUCCGAGUCUUCAGGACAUCCGUGAUGCUUGUGCAGACUUCUUCCGUUCCGAGGAAGAAGAGGAAGAAGCAGACAUCGAGAUGGCCAAACCAGCUAGUCCAACAUCCAAGGAUACAGACGAACAUGGCAUGCCUAUGUUCAAGUUGAAGAAGCAAAAGGGCGAGCUACCUGACACGUGGAAACCUAAAAGCGAGAUGGCAAAGAUGGCAGAGCAGAUGGGGCAAUUGCCCACGUUCGACUCUAUUAUGGAGAAUGAAGAAGGUGGGGCAGUGAACUUUGGCGAGAACAAGGAUUCCAAGGUCCCGGGGAAGAAGAUCCGAGUCAAGAUUUGUGGCAAAUCUAUCUGGAAUUAUCCCAGCAACAAGGCGAUGAAUCGUGGUGGCUGGUUACACUUUUGCAUAAUUGCCAAGGAUAGCAGUCUCCACGAUGCAGUUGCCCUUUGUCGCCAUUGGGACGAGUUUUUCGAGUUAAAUAUUUUGGCCAUUUGGCAGUAUUUCCCAGGUGCUAAUUGGGCUGAAUGGGUCGGCAACAGAUAUCGGCAGCAGAUGUUGCAGUUGGGCUUCAUCAUGUACUUCGAAAGUGCUUCACCAGACGCUCACGACUUGACUAUUCGAGAGAACAACAGAAACCGCGGUGGAGGUCGCCGUUCUCAUGCUGUUUUCGAAGCACGAAACUUCAUCUGCGCCCACAUCAAGCGAGACGAUCCAGUUAGUCGCCGUCUUGUCCAAUAUCUCUCGAUGCAGAGCCACACACUGCUAGUUCUUGUUCGAGAUGCAGAGACUGGAAAACUUCUCAUCAAACCUGAGGAAGAAGAACGUUGGCUCUACCGCGAGAAGAGUGGCAUUGGAAGAGCUUCGAGAAAUGGAGGUUGGCAUAUCAUCAAGAGCAUUGGACCCACAUUCUUCGAGGAGAUGGAUCAGUACCGACAAUGGAAGUUUUCGUUCAAGGAAUACUAUGACGUUUAUGUCUGGGAUCUGGAACCGGGAGAACCUUUUGCCGUUCUGUACAAUACUGUUCAACAGAUGUUAUUCAAAGCACACCGUUUUCGCUCAGGCCCAGAUAUCUACAAUCCCGCGGGACCUGUCCUGAAAACCAUCUGUAGAGACUCUGAGACUAAUCGAGCCCGCGACAUCCAACCUGGGGAAGUUAUUAUGAGCAUCUGGGACGAUGUCAACCACCCAGGUACAACAUUCUUUUACAGCAAAGACGAGAAUCAUGCCGACCAAAGCGAAGGCAAUCUUUCUCUUCGGAGAGUCUUCGAUGAGCCUAACAAGUUCCCAAAAAAUUUGUUCUAUACUAAAGCGGACGAACUUGAGGAUGCAAUUCUGUUCCCCGAGGAACUGGCGGACAAGAAAUUGGACCCGCUUGAUGUUGGAAAUGUUGAUCCCAUUGGAAUGUGGGAGGAGGGCUUUUCGCUGAAGGGCUUUGUUGAGGGUGAUUGCUUCGAGUCCGAUUCUGAUACCGAAAGUGAAGCGUGGAUGACCGACUCUGACGCUGAACAUGAGGACGAGGAUGACUCAGAUUUGGAUGACGAGGGCGAUGAGGAAGAUGCUGUUGAUGCCGAGCAAGAAACGGCGGGUGCGAUAAACGCGACUGAGGUGGAGCAAAAGCCCAAGAUAGACAUGGUCGAGGUUGCUCGAGCUAUGGGACACUCUGACGAAAUGCGGGAGGUCAUGAAAAAGAUGCUGCUCAAGCCGAAGCGAGUACCAAGAGACCGAUCGAGUCCUGCCGCUAUGCAAGCUGAGUUUAUGGAGUUUCUUGACAAGGAGAAAGCAAAGGUGUUCAAGCAGGUUUGGCACAGCGCCGAUCUGGAGCCGAAUGCGCAGGCACACUAUACAGAGAUGAUGGAUAUGACCAGGAAGUGCCGGAAGCACUGCCGCAACACAUUUGACUGUGCUCCAGUUAUUCUGGGGCUCUAUCUGGUCGACGAUCUCAACGUUGAACCCGAAUACGCCAAGGGUGUUCACAAAGCUAUUGCUAAAAUCGCACCGUUCUUCUAUCCCCAAUUUCUUGAGUCCGAGGAUGGGGAACCUUUCAGAAAUUCAUUGAUGUUCAAUCAAGCAGAACGCGCGAAGAACUUCCCGGAUAUUCGGUCGCAUGUCUCUAAUAAAUAUCGCGCCCCUAGUUUCUGGAAAGAAUUUGAGGAUGAGAUGCGUAAGGUGCAUGGCGAAUUGAAUGAACUACCUGCCGAGUGGGACCUCCAUAUUCGGCCAAUAAUCGCCCAUCUGUACAAAUGUGGUGUCCUCCGCAGCAGAUCAGAUCUUCGGGUCCAAGGCGAAGCAAUCGCAGGGAAAGAGCCAGGCCGCGACAAGUGGGAUGUUUUCUUCGAUUGGAGGAGAAACAUGAACAAUAUGAAUUGGGACCCUGCAAUGGUGAAUCCUCGCACAAUAGCCCCCUUCAAGGCCACAGCCAAGAACUUCGCUCUCAAAAAUCCUACUGCCCGCUUUGCAGUCCUCACUCUAUGGAGCGCGCCUCAUUUCUACCCCUUGAUGAUUGGAUGGGACAAUCGUGACCCGACCUCCUUUCGGGAUCUCAUUGGGAGAUAUUUCAAUUGGAUGUUCGUUCCAAAAGACUUGCCCCGGUCAGAAUGGAGCAUUCAUCUCAGCGCCCAAGCUCGUAUCACUCCCUACAAGAAAUUCCUUGGCAAAAAUGUAAUUGCGAGGAGAGAUAAAUAUUUGGUUAUGGCGACCGAUGAGGGGGAACUGUUCAAGUUGGUUGCGGCUACUACGUUUGCGAUUCAGACAAAACCUUGGAGAUUGGAGUUGGAUCUCUGGAAGAGUUUCGUGAAUGUUGAUCUCGAGUUUCUGGAAGGUUUGGAUGACAAAUGGGUGGACUAAAUAGGCUAGAAUUGCCACGUGAGUACAAGAUUGUUGGGUACCAAUAACAACGCCUUUGUUUACGUUUCUUCAUUGGGAACUAGAAGUGAACACGAUACUGAGUACACG